AUGUUCGCACACAAGACUCGCUCCUUGCUGGGAGCUGGACGAAGCUUCCGAGUUUCUGUGCCCAUCCGUUCUCUAUCAACUCCGACUCAACCUAUUGCUGCGAGCACAACCUCAGAGACAGUACCUCAAUCGACCCCGACUCCCGUGACUCCCGUUGCCGAAUCUGCAUCGACACCAGAGACGCCCAAGACCCCCAAGACCCCCAAGACCCCCAAGACCCCGGAGCAGCCUCUCGAAUCCCGCGUGAAAGAAUGGUCCGAACGACUAGGCGCUCUGGGUAGUGAAACCCGACUUCCACGAAGCGUGCAAGCGAUUUACAUGCGCCCCCUCCGAAGAAAGGCCGAAUACGGACUUCCAGUCUGCGAUCUCCAGCUUCGAUCCUACAGCGUUGAGAACGUGGAAUUCUUCGCCGAUUUCGCCGUCCGCGCCGCCUACUACCUCAACCUCCCCGUCUCCGGACCAGUUCCUCUCCCACGUAUCGUGGAACGUUGGACCGUGCCCCGAAGUAACUUCGUUCACAAGAAGAGUCAAGAGAAUUUCGAGCGAAUCACCCUCCGCCGACUGGUGCAGAUUAAGGAUGGAAACCCCAAGGCCGUACAGGCUUGGCUUGCUUUCCUCUCUCUUGAUGUUGGCAAGUCCAUGGAUGAGUCUGUUGCGGAGAUCGAGAAGUCCUUGGCUCCUAAGCUUGGACAAUUCGGACAGCGCAAGGACAACUCUCCCGACCAAAGCAUUUUCGAUACCCUGGACAGUGACCGGUUUGCUGAGCGUAAAAACCUCUAG